GUGCCGACGGUGCUCAACCCGCAGAUCCUGACGACUUGAGAACCAUAGUAGCUACACAAAUAUGAUGGCAGGAAAGCCCAAUGCGCUCACGGAUUCUGACAGUGUCGAGGCAGCCCUGCGCAACUUGAAAGGCCGUGUCUCCGUUGUAAAGGAGGGCUACGGAUUCAUCGAGAUAGAACACCCAGUGCGGGCAGCCGUGUUCGCGCACCGGUCGUCUGUCGUGAAUCCUAGAAUGAAUGACUCGAAAAACUUUGGUCUCAAAGAAGGGGACAAUGUUGUGUUGGACAUUGAAAGGAGUCCCGCGAAGUUUAAGGCUCGUUUUCAAGCAGUGAGGGUGAGGCUUUUAGAAUCCGAGGUCAACAUUACGAGGCCCUGUUACCCAUCUGUGGCAGCACCCAGUCGGGAAAGAGGGGAGAAGCAGAUCUCGAACCAGGUGGGCACGAUUGACUCCGUACAUCAGAAUGGGGGAACCUUAACGUUCGGCCAGGACAAUAAAGAACGUGCCAUUUUCGAGAGACAGUGCAUACCAGACACUCUCGUGAGACCGACGGAAAAAGUUUCGGCCAUUUUCUCGGUGGGUAAGAAGGUGUGCUUUGAUGCGCGCCUCGUGACUGACGUCGCCACAGGUGUUGCGCAGUGGCAGGCCACGCUGGUGACAACUGUGAUGCGGGAAAACUACAGUCAGGUCUUCGACAUUGACUUGGUGGCGCCGACAAGCGAGAGAUACGGCUACAAGAGUGACUUCGGCACCAAGCCUUUGGCACCAAUCCUUGUGCCAUUUACGGCUGACCCUCGAACCCCUUUUCCGAAAUCUCCAUGGAAUCCUGCUACUAGCGCGUUCCACGCAUACCCGCGCCGUCUACUCUCCGCGGAGUCCUACACCUCCGCGAGGGAGAGCCCCCUUUCUGGUGUCAAUGGAACUGACAGGGGCAACUCGGGCCUGUUUAACACCCACGUCGCACCUACGCCAUCCAAGACUGUCGUGACGCAGAGCAGUGCUGCAGUCGCAGAAAGCCACAACGUAAAAGACAAGCCCGCUUUCGUGCCUCUGGGCUGUGACACUCAGUGGGCACACCAUGAUGGUUGUUCAUCUGUGGAGCCCAACAUCGCUGCUCCAGCGACUGGUCAUCCUGUCCUUGCUGGAUACGACCGGCCACCUAAAGCCAAAACUCCCGAGAGCACAUGCCCGGAAAGGGCUCCCUUCACAAUCACCUCUCGUGGCAUCGGCCCCGCUGCCAGUACUGCCGAAAAACAGCCGGCACCACAAGCCAGCGACAAACCAUCCAUGAACGCUGUUGAUCAGAGGCAGCUAGCCACGGCUGCUCCCAUCAAACGUAACACAGGCUAUCAUUACGAAGCAGUUCCACAAAAACAGCUGCAUGUGGAUAGUACACGUGUUAACUACAACAGCAGAGGUAACCCCAGUGAGCCCUUCUCGGCGAGUCCCGCGCCACGCCCGCCGUCUCCGCAGUGCCUCGUGUCCGCACACAACGACGUCAAAGGAGUGGUUGCGCAAGUCCACGAGCGUUCCGCCAUAGUCAGUGUUGAGCAGGGCGGACUCACGAAUUACACGGAGGUCCGGGCAUUUUCUUUCUACAAGGACGGAACGCUCGUCAGUGGUGACCUCCGAAGUGUCCUCCGCGUGGGCGACGAGGUCAUGAUGGACUUCAUGUUGGGCAACAUGGGCUACAACCUGAUGACCCAUUGCAACAUGGCCUGGCAGGGAGAGAAGCCGCAGGGUGUGGAAUGCGUCAGCCGAGAAGCGUUUCAAAGUACACUCGAGGCAUUGAAGACGGCGCUGGAGGUACCUUCACCGGCUGCCAACGUGCAGAGGCAAGUGCCAGAGGUGGUCUUGUUCAUUACGGCAUCUUAA